AUGACACGCGCCAACGGGCAAUCCGCGUUUAUCAUGGUCUACAACAUCGUUUACGGCUUCAUAUGGGCGCACUUCUACUAUGUCAAAACUGCGAAGCACAGCCUGGAGGAGAUUGCUAUGGCGUUUGGAGACAGGGCGUUCACCGAUAAUGAUGAGGACGUGGUGGAUACUGCUACCGCAGGCAAGGAGAAGCACGAGCAGCUACGCAAGAAGGUUUAA